GUUGAAAUUAAGUAUCUAUAUUAAAUUAUUAUAAAUGCUUUUUUUGAAAUAUCCUCUUUAAUUUUAUUAUUUAAAUACAUACAUAUUGAUUUCGAAUUGAAGUGAUUUUAUAUCUUCAGGUAAAACAUUUUUAGAACUAACUACUUAUUAUUAUUUUGUUGUUGUUAUGUGAUAUUUUUAUAAUUGACACAUUUGCUUUAAUCUAUUAAAUGGAAUAGUUUUAAAAACUGAUUUUAAACAACAUAAACUAUUCAUACUAAUUAAAUAGUUUUAUUUUGCUAACUGUAAAAUUAAAAUAUAAAAAAAUUAAAAAUCAAAAUCAAAAAAAUUAUAUAUUUGUUUAUAAAAUUAAUAAAACUAUUAAAAUAAAAGUAGGUAGAUGUUAUUUGUUUUUUAAUUCAACCAAAUUUUCAUUAAAUAUUGUGGUCAUUAUUAUCAUAAUUUAAGUACCUACUAAACAAUUGGUUUUUAUUGUUUACAUUCGUGUUCUAAUACAUAUUAUAUAGAUAGGCAGUGAUUAGUGAAAAUAAUUUAAAAAAUAGACUGAAAUGUGUAUCCUAGAAGUUUGAUCAGCAAACAGAUUUUGACUGUAAUAUUUUAUUGAUUGUAUUGUAGACUACAGUGCAAUAGUAUUCUCAUUUCAAUUAAAUAUAUGUGUGACAAAAUUAUUAAAUAUUUAUACAUGGUUCAAAAAGUUAAAACUAAUUUAUUCUUUUGAUUUUUAAAUAGCAACUUUUAUUUAACAUUCUAUGUUUAAAUACAUUUUUAUAUUGAAAUAUUUGAUUUACAUCAACCCAUUGAUGAUAUUCCACUUUUAAAUUUGAGUUUUGAGAGAGUAGUGGAACACUAUUCAAAUGUCAUAUAGUCACACAAAUGAUGCUCCACUACUCUCCUUACAUUCAAAUUUAUAAUUGGAAUAUCAUAAAUGUAUUAAUGGAAAUCAUCAAUUUCAACACCAAAUAUAGAUUGCCAUUUAAAAACUAAAAGUACAAUGUUGUUGUUUCACUAUCAAACAUAAGGGUGAUAAAAAAUAAUGAUUAAGUAAUAUUUUAGAGCUGGUUUCUUUAAUAGUAAAAAAAAAAAAAAAACAAAAAAUUGUGUACAAAAUCAAUAUUUUUUGAAAUAAUGAUCAUUCAACAAUAAAAUAAUUAACCUUUAUAAAAAAUUGAUUUUAAUUAAUUUUACCUAUAAAAGCUGUGAAUAUGUUUUUAGGUUGAAUAAUUGAUUUAAAAAAUGUAAAUAAUUAAAAUUAAUUGAAAAUGAAUACUGAUGAUACCUAUUUACAAUUUUAAAAGUUGUUUAUUUUUAAUUUAUCAAGAAAGUCAUUAUUUUUAAGGUGAUAAAACUAAGUAUUUAUAUUUUAUGUUGUAAUAUUCAAAGAUUUUUUCUCGUUUAAAAUAUGUAUUUUAAAGUCAAAUAUUUCAACUUGAUAUUAAAAUUGGUUUUGGAAGUGUAUAAACUAUGAAUCUAAGUCAGCUUUGGUCCCCCCGAAAAAAACGUAUAUGGACAAUCGGCCCCCGACGUAAUUUUAUACACGCGUAAUAAAAUUGGUCCUGGGAAUAUUUUCCCUGCGACAUUAAACAUUUUUGCAUUAUGUUAUUACGUUCGAUAAAUGUAUAAUAUAAAUAUAAUUUAAAUAAUAAUACGGGAAAAAAUAAUUAUUGUUUAAUAUUGAAAUUACACAAAUAAUUUUAAAGUUCAUCAUUUGAAAAAUUAAUAUCAAAAGUAGGUAUAACAAAUCAAUAAAAACAAUUUUCUUUUUUCAUUUAUAGGUUUUAUAAAAUUAUUUUAAAAUACAUUUUCAUUGUUUUAAGUAAAAGAUAUAAUUUCUGUUGAAUUAAUUAUUUGUAUAGAUUCAAUAAACAGAAAAGUACUUGGAUGUUUAAUCUGGAUAAUAUUUUACAAUUUAUUAUUGAAUCAUUCUAAAUUUUGAUAUGUUUUUAGUUAUCCUUUUCAAAAAUUGAAAAAUAUGAAAACAAAAUUUCCCCGGAUUCAUUUGUCCGUGUAUAAAAUUAUCACGGUGGUCGAUUGUCCAUAUACGACGUUUCUUCUUGGGGAUCAAUUGACCGUUUCCCUUAAAUUAUCUAUUGCCAAGUGGCUACACUGACUGAGAAAAUGAUAUCCAGCAUGUGAUGUUUUAAAAACUCAGACAGUGAAUGUAUCUUUAUCCAAAACCGGCAUACGGAUAACAAUAAAUUCAAAUUAUUAUUUAUAAUAAUUGUAAUCAUUAUUAUUUAUAUUGGAAAAAUAGUUAUUAUUAACAUCAAUGUUUUCUGAGUUUCUGACAAAGUUUAAUAUUUCAUUUAAAAAUGUUAAAUUAUAUACCUAAUUUAGAAAUAUAAAACAAUGUCAAAAUUAGAGACUAGUGAUUCUUCUAACUUGUCUUUGUAUUAUAAAGAGUUUGGUAAGUACUUAUUAUUCAAAAUUAUUUUGUAAGUUUAUGUAAUGUACUUAACUUAAGUAUGCUGGAUAAAAGAAUCAUUGUAAAGUUAAAAUUAGGAUCUAGAUACUUGAAGAUUACAUAUUUUGAGUAAUAAAUCUGCUUCUAAAAUAGGUAGGUAUAUCAAAGUGUUAACAUUAGUACUUAUGAUUUAUUACUUAGUAUAUUAUGAUUAUGUCAUAUUGAUAGACAUGAUGCUUAUUAAUUUAUUGUUAUAACAAUAUUAUGUACUGAAAUUUAGUUAGUAUCAAAUUUACUGUUUACCUAAAUAAUAUUUAAAAUUUAUUUUAUGUUAUAGUAAGAAAAUAUAAAACAAUAAUACUAUUUAUUUUCAAAUAGGUAAAAAUAGUGAAAAAAAUAACCCUUCAGGUUGCCAACACUAGGUAUCGUGACAUGUGUAACAUCAUUAGACUGUCUGGAGAGUUUGUUUUAAAUUAUCAUAUCUGGAUUUCUUUUUAACCUGUUUAUGUUGUAAUUUGGUUUGAUUAUAGUCUAUAGGAAUUAGAGCACAUGGACCGUGCAGUUUGAUUGUGAUUGUUUAAAGUUUAAACUGUAACAAUUCGGGCUCGUAAAAUAAUUUUGAUAGGAUAAAAUCCGGUUCACAACUAAAGCUCUGUACAAACCAAUCUGGCUAGUCUAAUCUUCUAGUCUAAAAGGUGUUUAAUUAUUAAUUAAUUGGGUCGAGUCCUUUUAUAAUGUAAAGACACAUUAAAAAAUGAUUUUCCAAAAAUUCCACUUCCAGGGGGGGUUAAAAAAGGUAAAAAUAGAAAGUGUAUUUUCUUAACAAAACCACUGGAUCUAGAGACUUGCAAUUUUGGUGGUGUAUAUGCAACAGUGUAUGGGUGAGUAAAGAAAGAUUUUUACCUUAUCCUAUCCCAUAAGGUUUAAAGAGCUUUUUGUUUUAUCGAUUAUCAGAAAUUCGAAAGUUAUUUAAUUUUUAUUCAUAAUUUUAUUAAAGUUGUCUAUGAUAAUACCUCAAUAUCCCCCCCCUCUAAGGGAGUCAACAGACAAUAAUAAUAAUAGUUAUCUUAAAUGUUUUUUCCCCUUUAACCCAAAAGUACUACAGGAUUGAGCUAAAAUUUUGUAUAGAUGUAGUGCUACACCAGGAAUGACCAAACUUUCCAACCCUCCCUAAUCAGCACUUAAGGGUUGACUUGUCUAUAUAAGUCAACCCUUUAUUUUUAAGGGAUUUAUUGGUAUUUAUGAUAUGAAAUCAAACUAUUUUUGUUGAUUUAUUGGUUACCAUUGGCAUACAAAUGAAAUAAACAAAAAAAAGUUAUUAUUAGUUGAUUUAGUUGUCUCGGCAAAGAAGAACCCAUAGAAAAAUGUACAUUUAACUAUAAUAAGUAGGAGACAGAAAUGGGGAAAUACAUGGAUAUGUAAAGCUUUGUGAGACAAGAAAAAUUAUUUUUUGCAAUGAUUGGAAUAAAGAAUCUCAUAUUUUCCAUUUAAUAUUGACAUGGACAAAGCCAUGCAGGACAGCUAGUGUAGUAUAAAAUGUAUUCAAUUAUUAAACUAGAAACUUAAAUUUUAGUAAAUCAAUUAAUUAUAUAUAUUUUAUAAUGUUAAUUAAAUUUUAAUUGAGAUUUUAAUUUAUGUUUUAGGAAGGAUGGAUGAAAAUCCAAAUAUUACAGCCCAAAAUAAACUGUUUCAGGAGGUAAAUUAUUAUAUUUCUUAAUAAUUAAUUUUAACUGUUUAUGAUAUUGUUAUAUGAUGGCAAACAAAUGAAUUUGCCUUAAAUUAACCAAUUGCAUUUUCACAAGUUUCCAAAAUAUAUUUUUUUAAUUUCUUAAAAUAGUCAGUGGAAAAUAAAUAACUGUUUAGGACUACUGAUUGAAAACAAAUAUUGUAAUUCAAUUAAUUUUUAUUUAUUAGCAGUAAAUGAUCUAAAAAAUAGUACCUUUGCUUAAUUCAGAAUAUAAAAUAGUCGGUUUUAAAUUAAACCAUUAAUCAAAUAAUAAAUAUAAUUAAAUUUACAUAAUAAUUAAUUCAAUACACACACUUAAUUUACAAAUUAAAAAAUAAUUUAAGUGAUUAUUAUUGAGCUAUUUUAUUUUAUUUGACAUUAUUAUUAAUUUAUUAAGUUGAAUAUUGCAUACCUAUUAAUACCCAACAUAACAUACCUAUAUUUAUUAAUUUAUAAUAGGUUUCAUUUUAGUUUGUUUUUUUUUAAACUUUAGUUUGGGUGGUUCAUGACUACCUAUUUUUAUCUUCAGAAAUUAAUUGUAUUAUUAUUUAAAUAUUUUUGAUUCAAAAUAUUUAAUAAAAAGGUGAAAAUAAGUUUGAAAUAUUUAUAUGACGUUUAAAAAAUGUUAUUUUAACUACUAUUGUAUCAUAUACUAAGAAAUAGAUUAUGAUCUAUGUAUAUGUAUUGAUAAUAUUAAGUUGAUUUUUUUUGCUUUUCAUUUAAGCUCAAUGAGAUGAUGAUGGAAUCAUUUUAUUUACCGCUUACAGAAGAUGUGCAAUAUAGUUCUGAAAUUACUGAUCUCAUUACUAAUUACCAGAUAGAUUGGAAUAUUGAAUUAUGUUUUGAAAAUGGUAAUAUUUUGUAAGUGUAAUUUAGUUUUAGAAAAAUUAAUUUUCAAAUUGUAGGUAUUGAUUUGACAGAAAAUGGCAUAUCCCUUCCAUCAUCACCUUCAUCAAAUGAAUCAAUACUGAGUAGUGAUUCUCAAUCAUCAUUAAAUUCAAACAGAGUUAGUAUUUAAUAAUAUUGGAACGAAUGUAGUUUAGCUUACAAGCGAUUUUUUAAGAUUUUUAUUUCCAAAAUGUGUGUUUUUGCGUGCUUAAUUUGAUAGUACUUUCAAAAAAGUCACUUAAUCUUCAUUUGGAAGUUACAAUCAGAAAACUACAAACUGCUUGAUUUUUCUAAAUAUCUUAUUUUUGAGAUUAGAAUACCAACAAUUUCUUUUUGAAAUAUUUUUAUAUGUAAAUAAUAGGAAUUAUAUGCUUAAUAUUUUGGUAAAAUCAGAAUUCAUCUAUUGUAUUUAUUUUUAUGACUAUUACUUCGAAAUAGAGGGUUUGAAUGACGUUUUGAAAGUACCUCAAAAUAGGCAUGCAAAAAUACACAUAAUGGAAAUAAAAUUUAAAAAAUCGCUUGGGAAAAAAAUUGCUUUUAUGCAGUAAUAUUUUUCAAAAGAAUGUAUUGUAUAAUUUUUGUUUAUGUUGUUGAAACAGGAAAAAUUGAACAUAUCAAAUUUAAGUAAUGAUAAUAAUGCAUGUAAAACCCUCGAUACAGAUUCUUCACCUCCUGAGAUUUGGAAAUUUCCAGUUCCUACAGAACAAACAUUAAAUAAAGAUAUUUCUUCCAAAACUAAUACUUCAAUAAAUAAUAAUUGUAAUUAUUAUAUUUGCAAAUGAUUUUAAAGAUUAGUUUUUGAUGUGUGUGCCUUAUAUUGAUAUUUUAUUUUCUUUAUUAAUUGAAGUGUCUUUAAUGCUCAGUAAUCAUGCAAAUAACAUAUCCUCUCCAGCAUCACCUUCAUCAAGUUUAUCAACACUGAGUAAUGAUUUUCAAUCAUCAUUAAAUUUAAACAGAGUUAGUAUUUGGUAAUAUUUUCCACAUAUAUAUAUAUAUAUUGUAUAAUUUUUGUUUAUAUUGUUGAAACAGGAAAAAUCAAAAAUAUUUGAAAAUUUAAGUAAUGACAAUAAUACGUUUGAAACCCGCAAGGCAGAUUCUCCAACUCGUGUGAUUUGGACAUUUCCAGUUCCUACGGAACCCACAUUAAAUGCAAAUAUUUCGUCCAAAACUAAUAGAUCAAUAAAUAAUAAUUGUAAUUAUUAAAUUUGCAAAUGAUUUUUAGAUAAGUUUUUGAUGUGUGUGCCUUACAUAAAUAUUUUAUAUUAUUUAUUAGUUGAUAUGUGUUCAAUGCUCAGUAAUCGUACAAAUAACAUAUCCUCUCCAGCAUCACCUUCAUCAAGUUUAUCAACACUGAGUAGUGAUUCGCAAUCAUCAUUAAAUUUAAACAGAGUUAGUAUUUAGGAAUAUUUUUCACAUAUAUAUAUUGUAUACUUUUUGUUAAUAUUGUUGAAACAGGAAAUAUUGAAAAUAUCUGAAAAUUUAAGUAAUGACAAUAAUACGUUUCAAACCCGCAGGGCAGCUUCUCCAACUCGUGUGAUUUGGACAUUUCCAGUUUCUACAGAACAAACAUUAAAUGCAGAUAUUUCUUCCAAAUCUAAUAGUACAAUAAAUAAUAAUUGUAAUUAUUAUACUAGCAGAUGAUUUUUAGAUAUGUUUUUUUAUAUGUGUGCCUUUUAUUGAUAUUAUAUUUUAUUUAUUAGGUGAUGUGCCAUCAAUAAUCAGUAAUCAUACUAAUAACAUAUCGCCUCCAUCAUCACUUUCAUUUAUUGAUUUAACAUUGAGUAGUGAUUCUCAAACAUCAUUAAAUUCAAACAGAGUUAGUAUUUAGGAAUAUCUUUUACCUGUAAAUAUUGUAUAAUUUUUGUUUAUAUUGUUGAAACAGGAAAAAUCAAAAGUAACUGCUAAUUUAAAUAAUGACAAUAAUAUGUGUCAACCCCGCAAUGCAAAUGCUUCAGCUCAUGAGAUUUGGACAUUUCCUGUUCCUACGGAACAAACAGUAAAUGAAGAUAUUUCUUCCAAAACUAAUAGUUCAAGAAAUAAUAAUUGUAAUAAUUAUAUUUGCAAAUGAUUUUGAGAUAAGUUUUUGAUGUGUGUGCCUUACUUUGAUUUUUUUUUUUUUAUUUAUUAGGUGAUGUGCCAUCAAUGCUCAGUAAUCAUAUAAAUAACAUAUCCCCUCCCGUAUCACUUUCAUUGAUUGAAUCAGCAUUAAGUAGUAAUUCUCUAUCAUCAAUAAAUUUAAACAGAGUUAGUAAUUAGUCAUUCUUUCCACCAGUUUAUAUUUUAUGAUUUUUGUUUAUAUUGUUGAAACAGAAAAAAUCGAAAAAAUCUACAAAUUUAAUCAAUGAAAAUAAUAUGAGUAAAACCCGCAACACAGAUUCUCGAACUCGUAGAAUUAGAAAAUUUCCAGUUCGUACAAAACCAACAUUAAAAGCAGAUAUUUCCAAGGAAACAAAUAGUUCAAUAAAUAAUAAUUGUAAUAAUUAUAUUUGCCAAUGAUUUUGAGAUAAGUUUUUGAAGUGUGUGCCUUACUUUGAUUUUUUUUUUUUAUUUAUUAGGUGAUGUGCCAUCAAGGCUCAGUAAUCAUAUAAAUAACAUAUCCCCUCCCGUAUCACUUUCAUUGAUUGAAUCAACAUUGAGUAGUGAUUCUCAAACAUCAAUUAAUUCAAACAGAGUUAGUAUUUAGGAAUAUUUUUUACUUGUAAAUAUUGUAAAAUUUUUGUUGUAUUGUUGAAACAGAAAAAAUCGAAAAAAUCUUCAAUUUUAAGCAGUGAAAAUGAUAUGUGUAAAACCCACAAUACAGUUUCUCGAACAUCUAAAAUUAGUAAAUUUACAGUUCCUACAAAGCCGACAUUAAAUGCAGAUAUGUCUUCUGAAACCAUUAGUUCAAAUAAUAAUAAUUGUAAUUAAUAUAUAUGCAAAUGAUUGUAAGAUAAAUUUAUAUUUGUGUGCCUUACAUUGGUAUUUUAGUUUCAUUAUUAGUUGAUGUGUGUUCAAUGCUCAGUAAUCGUACAAAUACCAUAUCCCCUCCAGCAUCACUUUCAUCGAUUGAAUCAACAUUGAGUAGUAAUACUCAAUCAUCAUUAAAUUUAAACAGAGUUAGUAUUUAGGAAUAUUUUUCACAGGUGUAUAUUUUAUAAUUUUUGUUUAUGUUGUUGAAACAGAAAAAAUUGAAGACAUCAAAUUUAAGUAAUGAAAAUAAUAUGUGUGAACCCCACAAUACAGAUUCUGCAACUCCUAUAAUCAAAAAAUUUCCAGUUCCUACAAAACCAACAUUAAAUGCAGAUAUUUCUUCCAUAACUAAUAGUUCUAUAAAUGAUAAUUGUAAUUAUUAUAUUUGCAAAUGAUUUUUAAGAUAAGUUUUUGAUGUUUGUACUUUACAUUGGUUUUAUAGUUUCUUUAUUAGUUGAUGUAUGUUCAAUGAUCAGUAAUCAUACAAAUAACAUGUCUCCUCCAGCAUCACUUUCAUCUAUUCAAUCAACAUCAAAUAGUGGUUCUCAAUCAUCAUUAAAUUUAAACAGAGUUAGUAUUUAGUAAAGUUUUUUACGAUUAUAUAUUGUAUGAUUUUUUUUUAUAUUGUUGAAACAGAAAAAAUCAAAAAAAUCUUCAAAUUUAACCAAUGAAAGUAAUAUGUGUAAAACCAGCAAUACAGACUCUCGAACUCGUAAAAAUAAAAAAUUGUCAGUUUCUACAAAACCAACAUUAAAUGCAGAUAUUUCUUCAGAAACUAAUAGCUCAACAAGUAAGAAUUUUUAAUAUUAUAUUUACAAUUGAUAUUUAGAUCAUUGUUUCAUGUGUGUGCCUUAUAUUGACAUUUUAUUUUAUAUAUUAGUUGAUGUGUCUUUAUCGCUUAGUAAUCAUAUAAAUAACAUUUGCCCUCCAGCAUUACCUGCAUCAAUUGAAUCAACACCGAGUAGAGAUUCUCAAUCGUCAUUAAAUUUGAACAGAGUUAGUAUUUAUUAAUUUUUUUCACGAGUAUAUAUUGUAUAAUUUUUGUUUAUAUUGUUGAAACAGAAAAAAUUGAAAAAAUCUCCAAAUUUAAGCAAUGAAAAUAUUAUGUGUAAUACCCGCAAUACAGUUUCUCGAUCCCGUAAUAUUAAAAAAUUUCCAGUUCCUACAAAAUCAACAUUAAAUGCAGAUAUUUCUUCUGAAACCAAUAGUUCAAAAAAUAAUAAUUGUAACUAUUGUUCUUGCAAAUGAUUUAUUAUAAGUUUUUGAUAUGUGCACGUUACAUUGAUAUUUUAGUUUGUUUAUUAGUUGAUGUGUGUUCAAUGCUCAGUAAUCAUACAAAUAACAUAUCUUCUCCAGCAUUACCUCCAUCAAUUGAAUCAACACCGAGUAGAGAUUCUCAAUCGCCAUUAAAUUUGAACAAAGUUAGUAUUUAUUAAUUUUUUUUUCACGAGUAUAUAUUGUAUAAUUUUUGUUUAUAUUGUUGAAACAGAAAAAAUUGAAAAAAUCUUCAAAUUCAAGCAAUGAAAAUAAUAUGAGUAAAACCCGCAAUACAGUCUCUCGAACUCGUAAAAUUAAAAAAUUGUCAGUUCCUACAAAACCAACAUUAAAUGCAGAUAUUUCUUCUGAAACUAAUAGUUCAACAAGUAAGAAUUUUUAAUAUUAUAUUUACAAUUGAUUUUUAGAUAAGUGUUUCAUGUGUGUGCCUUAUAUUGAUACUUUAUUUUAUAUAUUAGUUGAUAUGUCUUUAUUGCUUAGUAAUCAUAUAAAUAACAUUUGCCCUCCAGCAUUACCUCCAUCAAUUGAAUCAACACCGAGUAGAGAUUCUCAAUCGUCAUUAAAUUUGAACAAAGUUAGUAUUUAUUAAUUUUUUUUCACGAAUAUAUAUUGUAUAAUUUUUGUUUAUAUUGUUGAAACAGAAAAAAUUGAAAAAAUCUUCAAAUUUAAGCAAUGAAAAUUUUAUAUGUAAAACCCGCGAUACAGAUUCGCCAAUUGCUAAAAUUAGAAAUUUGCCAGUUCCUACAAAUCCAACAUUAAAUGCAGAUAUUUCUUCCGAAACUAAUAGUACAAAAAAUAAUAGUUGUAAUUAUUAUAUUUGCAAAUGAUUUUUAAGAAAAGUUUUUGCGUGUCUUAUAUUGAUAUUUUUUUUUAUUUAUUAGUUGAUGUGUCUUCAUUGCUUUGUAAUCCUAUAAAUAGUUCCCAAAGUACAGAAUCAAAUAUUUGUGGUAAUUAACAUUAUAGAAAAAAAUCUAAAUAUUUAUUUUUUUUUAAUUCCAUUUUUAUAUUGGAAUUAAACAAUAAUAAACUAUUUAUUUUUUUAGCAUCAAAUGACCCUCAAACAAUUUCAUUAACUCCAGUUGGCUUUGGCUUUUCAAAAAUAACCAAAUUAAUUUGUGGUUCAGUAAUUCCAGGAGUAUUAAAAAGUAAAACAAAAUCUAAUAAUCGGUUGACAUUGCCAAAAGGUGGAAUUGAUAAAUCAUUUUCUAGUUUACCCAUAGCUAACCAAGUAUAUUAUUUAUUAUAAGUAUAAACUAAGAAGUUUUAGCUAAAUUUAUUGUUUUUUUUAGAAACGUCUUCAACGAUUGAUAAGAAAUCGAGAAGCUGCAUGUUUAUCUCGUUUAAAAAGAAAAGAGUAUGUAGCAUCCAUUGAAAAAAAAUUACAUAUUUUAGAAAAAGAAAAUUUGAAAUUAAAAAAGGUGAGUCUGUUAUAAUUGUUUAAAUAUUUUUAUUAUUUAUAAUAGAACUACAUUAUGUCCCUUCUAAAAAAAUUCAGCAUUGAAAGAAAGACUACUUACUUUUGAUAAAUUAUCUUUAAUGUCUGAUAGGCCUAAAAUGAAUAAAGCCAACAAGGCUACAGCUGUAUUAUCUAUCAGUGUUUUUAAUGAUCUCAUUAAAUAUUGUACCUUUGGGGUUAUUAUUUUUUUUUUAUAAUUAAUAUUUUUCAAAAAAUUUUCUUUAUUUUAGACUAUUUAGUCCAGAGCCAAUUGACAAUUCAGUGAUGCAUACAAAUCAUGUCAAAAAUUUCUAAACAAAAAAUAUUGAAAACUUAAAUUUUAAUAGCAGAAAUCUUCUGUGGAUUGGUGAUUUUGAGGUCACUAAUUCGUCAUUGAAAGCUACAGAACAUCUUGUGUUUAUCAUUUAUAAAUAUAUCUGAAUCAAAAAGGUAAAACCCAGUUAAAAUAUUAAAGUUUGUUGUAUUUAGUUUUAUAUAAUAUGUUAUGUUAUCUAUUAUAAUCCAUGACAAAAUAUAUCCUGGCUGUCAUAUCUGCUUGGUUUUUUUUUUUUUUUUUUUUACAUUUAUUAAUUUCUGCUUAUCAAAACAUACUUCCAAAAUUCAAUGUCAGAAGUAUAUUUAUAUGUAAAAAUUAGAAUACUAUACAAAUAUAGCAUAGGUAACCUAAAUUAAUAAUAGUUAUAAAUAAAUAUUUUAUUUAUUCUUGACUUAAUGAAUCGGCUAUGCUGGCUAUC